UUGAGUUCGUGGAUGCGACACUGCCAUCUCGAACUCUUGUGCACUCCUCUCGCUCGCCACACGAAACGCCACACCACUAACAGAUAAAAAAUAGCUGGCCAAUUGCCACCCAUUUUGCCUAUGCGCCAUAGCUGAGCUGAGCUAGAGCUCUCACUACAGCUAGCUAACCGAGAGCCACACGUCGGUGACUCGUGACCUGUGGAGCCAUGUCGCCGACGCCGAGGCCGCACUUCCUCGUGCUCACGUUCCCGCUCCAGGGCCACAUCGCGCCGGCGCUCCGCCUCGCCAGGCGCCUGCUCGCCGCCGCCCCCGACGCGCUCGUCACCUUCUCCACCGCCGCCGCCGCGCACCGCCGCAUGUUCGCCGAGGGGGAGGGCGGCGACGGCGACGGCAGGCUCGAGCUCCUCCCGUUCUCCGACGGCACCGAGAACGGGUUCGUCAAGCGCGGCGACGCCGCGGAGCUCGGCGCGUACAUGGCGUCGUUCCACGCCUCGGGCCGGCGCAGCGUCGGGGAGAUGGUCGACGCGCUCGCGGCGCGGGGGCGCCCCGUGUCGAGCGUCGUCUACACGCUCCUCCUGCCGUGGGCGGCCGACGUCGCGCGCGACCGCGGCGUGCCGUCCGCGCUCUACUGGAUCCAGCCCGUCGCCGUGCUGGCCAUCUACUGCCACUACUUCCACGGCCUCGGCGGCGUCGUCGACGAGCACCGCCGCGACCAUUCGUUCGUCCUGGAGUUCCCGGGCCUUCCGCCGAUGGCGGCCGGGGACCUCCCGUCCUUCCUCACCGAAGCCACCGACCCCUCCGACUACUUCCACAGCAUCUUCACCACGUUCCGCGACCUGUUCGACGCCCUCGACAGGGAGACACCCAAGGCCACCGUGCUCGUCAACGUGUUCCAAGAACUCGAGGCGGACACGCUCGCCGCCGUUGGGGCGUACGACGUGCUCCCCAUCGGCCCGGUGCUCCCGUCCGGCGACGACGCCGCGCUGUUCAAGCAGAACGACGCCAAGUACAUGGAGUGGCUCGACACCAAGCCGGCCGGCUCGGUGGUGUACGUCGCGUUCGGGAGCUUAACCGUCAUGGCGAAGGGGCAGGUCGACGAGCUGCUCCAUGGCCUCGAGGAGAGCGGGAGGCCGUACCUCUGCGUGGUGCGGAAGGACAACAAGGCCGCCGUGGCGGAGACGGGCGACGCGACGGCGGCGGCGGCGGCGCGCAGGAACGGCGUGGUGGUGGAGUGGUGCGACCAGGUGCGCGUGCUGUCGCACGCGGCGGUGGGGUGCUUCGUCACGCACUGCGGCUGGAACUCGGUGCUGGAGAGCAUCGCGUCGGGCGUGCCCAUGGUGGGCGUCCCGCGGAUGUCGGACCAGCAGAUGAACGCGCGGCUCGUCGAGCGCGACUGGCGCGUCGGCGUGCGCGCGGAGGUGGACGGCGGCGACGGCGUGCUGCGCGCGGCGGAGCUGAGGCGGCGGGUCGAGGAGGUGAUGGGAGACGGGGAGGCGGCGGAGGUGCGGCGCUCGGCGGCGGCGUGGAAGCGAGCGGUGGCGGAGGCUCUAGGGAAAGGAGGGUCGUCGGAUCGUAAUCUGACGGCCUUCGUGGAGGGUGCCAGAAGUGUCAUUUGAAAACGACAUAAUUUGAAAACGUUAUAAGAUGUAUUUUAAUUUGAAAACGAUUUGGGGAUCCUAGGGUCUUCCCUUGUUGGUUUGGCUGUUUGUUCACUUGUAUGUACAACCUCUACUGAACUACUCCCUCCGUCCUAUGAUAUAAGGGAUUUUGAGUUUUUGCUUGCA